GUAUUACCACGGUGCUCGGAGGAGAUGUCUUCGGAUGACAGAGCUUAAAGAAGAAAUGUAGCUUCUUUCCUGCUGGGAAUCCACGUUUCUGGCAUCUCCACGCUGAAGAAAUACUGUGAAGGUGUGAUCCAUCCCACCUGCAUACACAAAUAUGAAGUUCUUCUGGAUAAUCCCAUUUUUCCUGCUGCAAGCUGAGGCAGAGCACAAGUACCUCCCAACCACCCUGGCCAGCACACACAUGGACGAGCACACGGCAGACAACAUUACCCUUCCACUGGGCUUGGAACUGGAACAGCUGGAGGAGCUGCUCUGGUUCUUCCGCAGAGAAGACCCCUCAACAUGGAAUUACUCCAUUCUUGCACUAUCCCUUGCCACCAUGAUUUUGGGCCUUGUUCUUCUGACCAUUAACAUUGUGCGAAACAGGAAAAGGAAAAUCCUCGUGAGUGGAGAAACAGCACAGACCACACAGGAGGCUGACCUCGAUGCCAAGCAAGCCCUGAUGCCUGUGCAGGAAUACAACUUGGCUGAGCCGCUAAAGCAGCAGCCAGGGCCCCAGGACCAGAGACCAGGGGACGUGAUGGUUCAGUGGAAAGAUGGGACUGUCACAUCCCUGUACACAGAGAUGUCUGAGGAGGCCAUAUAGUGGCAGCUGGAGUCAGCCCAUUGAGGCCUUAAGGAAGGUAUUAGAAUGUCUCAAUUCACAGGGGUGCAAGUUUAAAAAUGCAGCUUAGCUGGGAGAAAGAAAAGUGUGAAACAAGAAAGCAGCAGAGUUGCACCUGCAGGAGGGGCCCUUGGCUCGGCACCUGCCUCGCUGGUGUUCCCCCACUGCUCUGGCUGCUCCAGACUUCCCUCCAGUGCCAGCUUCAUCUCCUCCCUCAGGUGCUGCAAACAGGUUUGACCUGAGCCAGGGAAGUAAGUGGGAAGCUUGGCCUGCAGUCAGCCAGGGAAAGCACCCUCACUUCCCAUCAGGAAAACAGCAACACUGAAGCUGAGACAUUUUUAAUCUUUUCAGAAUCCUCUUUAUUAAAAUACUUUCCAAAGUGGUUGAUCAAAA